AUGGGAAAAGAAAGUAGCAGUACUUUUUCAGUGAUGAAGUUGCUGAAUCAAACGGUUUCAGAACCUCACUAUCUCUUCCAUUUCUUAACCUUUUUCUCCUACAUAGUCAUUCGCUGCUCCGCAUCGCAAGUUUUAGCGCCUCACCUCAUUCAAAUUCUCAUCCGUCGCGAAAUACAAACGCUUUUAGCUUUCGCUGUUUUGGCUUUCAUCAAGGGUAUUAGAGAAGAGACAUGGGAAGCCUUCAUAGCUGAUGCACUUUUCAUUGCCAAGAUUUGUCUUUUUGUCCUUACCUUUACAAUGGAUCGCCGCAUAGCCGUUUGGUAUAUUCUUGUAUUUUUAGUUAUACAUGUGCUGACACAACAACCUUCAUCUCAAGGACUAGGUACCUGUAGCAAACUAACACCAUUGUUGUUGGAAAGCCUGCUAACAGAGGGGAACACUACAAAAUUUUGGCUGGUGGAAUUCAGUGCUUCUUAUUCAUCUGCUUGCAUUCGAUCAAGUCAACAGUUUCCCGAGCUCUCAAUUACAUAUUCAAGCAAACUUUUAUCAUUUGGAAUAGUUGAUCUUGGACUCUUUCCCAAUGCAGCUGAAAAAUUUGGAGUAUCUCUUAGUGGAAGCAUGGGUCAGCUCCCAACAUAUAUCUUAUUCGAGAAUGCCGCUGAGGUUUCCCGCUUUCCAGAGUUGGGUUCCGAAACAACAUUUUUCAACCCUACAAUUACAAAGGGACUACUUUCUCGACAUUUUGAGCUGGAUCGGCACCUUCUCGAAUAUAUUAAUGGUAAAUAG